AUGAUUGAUUAAAUACGUAGAGAAAAGGAUUUAUGGUAAAAUAAUUAUAAGUAAAUUGAAUAAGAAAGAGACAUCUUAUUAGAAACUGUUAAAUAACUUAAAACACCAAAAUAGAUAUAAAAUAACAAAAAUUCAUAAAGUAACAAUAUAGAUAGUAUGGAUACAAUAUAGUUAAAAGAAAUGCAAGAUAUUAUGUAAUAAAAGAUUCAAGAAAUGAGUGAAAAAGAAGCAAAAUUAAUUAAAUUGGUUUUAGCAAUUAAGAAAAGUGGUGUUGAUAUUGAAAAAAUAUAUAAUGAAGAAGUAUUAAAUGAUGAUAGUGUUGCUGAAUAAACAGAGAAAUCUAUUAUUUAAAAACAUUAACAUUAUGAAAGGAGUGUUCAUGAUGCAGAUAAUUCUGUUGUUAAUGAUUCUGAUGAAUCUAGUUUUUGUUUUCUAAAUAGAUUUGAUAAUGAAUCAAUUGUUGAAAGUGUUAGAAAAUUUGAAUAUAAAAAUACCAAUAUUCUCGAUACUAAAUCUAAUGUGAAAUUGAAAUUUGAUUUAUCUAAUAUCUAAAAGAAAAAUACAUCUACUCAAGUAAAUUAGAAAUAAUAGAAUCAAAAAUAAACUAUUUAAUAAAAUUAAUAGAAAUAAAUGUAAAAACUUAAGCUACCAGAACAUUCAGAUAAUGUUGGUUUUCAUUAAGAAUUUAUGUAAAAAUUAAAUGAAUUCUCUGAAAGUUGGAGAAUAUAAGCAUUAAAAGAUGAAAAAAGAACUAAAUCUUGA